AUGCUCUGGAAAUCAGUUUAUAAGGAUACACCUAUCGUAGAUAAAAAAAUCGUCGAGGUUUUUCUUUCAAUUGAUGAUCUGAAGUGCCUUUACAAGCCAGUUUCAGUUCGAACCACGAUCCAGUGUGCCGGAAAUCGCCGAAUCGACAUGCAGAACUCUUUCAAAAAAGAAAAGUCCAUGCCUAAUCGUUUAUUUUCCCCUGGUGGGCAAUAUUCACAGUUCUCAAUUCUCGGCCUUCCUUGGCAGCACUCGGCUAUUUCAGCGGCUGAAUGGACUGGCGUUCGUCUGACGGAUUUCCUGCUA